AUAUGUUGCCUUACGGUAAAAUUCCAACAGGUGAGCGUUCUGAUGUUUUUGUCAGCUUUAAACGAUACAAUAAUAACACAGUUGUUUACACUUUAAAAGAAGUCACAAAAUUCUACCUCUACAGUCAGUGGUUGACCAAGUUUGUACCAUCAAUCUACAUCGUGGUGUUCACUGUGGCUCUGCCUCUAAAUCUGAUGGCAAUUGUAAUAUUUCUAUCAAAGAUAAAAAUCAAGACGCCGGCGGUGGUAUAUAUGCUGAACUUGGCGAUAGCAGACGUGCUUUUUGUUGCCGUCUUGCCUUUCAACAUUGUUUAUAGAUUCUCAGGGAACAACUGGAAAAUUGGAGAAGGAAUGUGCCGCUUUGCCACUGCGGCAUUUUACUGUAACAUGUACUGCUCCAUCCUGCUCAUGACAAGUAUGAGUGCGGACAGAUACAUGGCCGUGGUGUUUCCAAUUCACUCUCUUACCUGGCGUACAAAAAAACGAUCUUGGCUGGUGUGUGUCUUCAUCUGGCUUGUAUCUAUUGCUAGCACUGUGCCUCUUCUCAUCACCAAUCAAACUCUUUACGUUGACGGAUUGGACAUUACAACUUGCCACGAUGCACUGGACUUAAAAGAGCAGCAGAGCUUUUACAUGUACUACUUCACUGCCUUUUCUUCUAUAUUUUUCUUCUUUCCAUUAAUCAUUACAAUCUUCUGUUACGCUGAGGUUAUUCGGGCCUUGAGUGAAAACCCCAAAAACAUUAAAAAUUCUUCUUCUAAGAAGAAGAGAGCUAUUCUCUUAUCCAUAAUAGUCCUUUCUGUGUUCAUGAUUUGCUUUGGCCCAACAAAUAUCAUCUUUUUAAUGCAUUAUCUGCACUUUCAUUCUGGACAUUCUGACUCUCUAUAUUUUGCCUACAUUCUGUGUGUUUGUAUCAGCAGCAUAAGUACUUGUCUGGAUCCUUUAAUGUAUUACUAUGUGUCAUCGAGGUGUCGGAAAUAUGUAUAUAGCCUAUUAUGCUGUAAGAUGUCCGAUAAACUAAAGACCGAAAACUAUAUGCACAUGACUGUUGAGAGUUACGACCAGCUACUGCAGCGCAUUUCUACACGCAUCGAAAGACAGGAUACCCGCUUCAGAAGGGCAACUUUCUCCUGCAGAGUGGCUAAUGCUGACAAUAAGGUUUCUUGCUACGAGAGAAAGUCUGUCAUCGCUGCAUUACCAGUAUCGGAUGGGAAUUUUGACGAUCUCCAUUCCAUUUAUAUAUUUCAACAAAAAGUGCUAGAAGGGGUGAAAGCCCUAGUGUACCCCACAGCAAAUAAGUAUUUAGACAUCGGGGAAGAAAAAGCCUUGAAGUGGCUACAAACCCGCGAUGACAUGGUUAUAAAGCCGGCAGACAAGGGAGGCAAUGUGGCCUAA